CUUAAAUCUAGUGCAGAUUGCUAGGUGUUUGCGGAAAAAUAAUGUUGAGACUCAUUUGCUGUGUUGAUUUAUUGUUGUAUAACAGUGUCCCUUUGUUUAUUUCCAGCGUUUUCCGGGAAAGAUUGCUGAAAGGCGCCUUGAACAUUAACUGCUAGAGGAUUAUGGGAGCCCUAUGCGGAAAUGUGACGCCGGUACAGAGAGUUACAAGUGAUGUGUUAGCUCUGUGAGCAGUAUUCCACGAACAAAUCGCCACAAAAAUCACUUUUUUAAACAUUGAGAAUGCCUCCAGGACUACGGCGCAAUUUCUGGGACGAUUACGAGCCCGCAUCGCUGGUAAAUGUAGACUGUUUCUUACCAACAGGAGUCGUGAUUCAGUUACAAGUUCGCAUCGAAGCUCCGUUGUCAGAGAUUAAAAAUCGACUAUGGAGAGAAGCCAGCUCUUAUCCGUUGUUUAAUUUUCUCAAAGAUGCUGCGAAUUACAUAUUUGUGUGCGUGAAUCAGAGAGGAAAGCAGGAGGAACUACUGGAUGAAACUCGCCAGCUAAUCGACGUGCGUCCUUUUAGACCCUUGCUGAAGCUCGUACAAAAACAAGGUGACAACGAGGAAAAACUCUUCGACUCCCACAUUGGCAACCUCAUCGGUAAGAGCUUGCACGAGUUCGAUCAAAUGCAGAACACAGAAGUGGACGAUUUCCGUCGAAAGUAUCGGCAGUUUGCCGAGAAAAUCGCUUGUGAGAGGCGUCAACUUGACUGGAUUGGACGAGCUAUGUAUGCGUACCCUCCCGAAGUCGAAAGCACUGAUCCACCAGAACGGAUUGAAGAGAAAUUAAUGGAGAACAGGCGUUUCUUGGUAAAUGUGGCCAUCAAGAACAAUAGGGCCUCAAUAAAAGACAUGCAUGCAUUUAAUGUUCCUGCUGAUGCAUAUCCAGACGAGCUUCUGGUAUUGGUAUUGAGGAAAAGAGGUGCAAUCAUGGGGGUCUUAGAUCUCGACAAACCGACUGAUUACGUACUGAAGAUUGUUGGACAAGAAAGCUACCUACUAGGAAAUUAUCCGUUAUUGCAGUACACGGUAUGUUGAGGAUGAAGUGCUACUUGUAUGCUACAUACAAAGUGUAUGUGUGUAUUGGACAAUCCUUUUUUUUCCUUUUAACCCUGUACACCCAGACAUCGAUGUGCAUAUUCUUCAUACUGGUCACCAUGCAUUUUCUAAGGUGCCAACAUGGAGAAUUUGUGUAACGUGCAAGGGAAUCUGGUCAUUUCGAUCCAAGUCGUUCUGAUACAAGUGGAAGUCGAUUUGUUACUCGUGUAAAGUCGAUUCGAUACAAACUCAAGUUACUUCAAGUCGUUUCGAUACAGAAUACUACACUAUAUAUAAAUGACCAAACGAACCUUCAAAGACAUGCUCACUAGACCACCAGAGCAAAGACAAACCUCUGUUGUAAAUAAAACAAACCCAUACCUCCAUGAGCCUCCACACAUACCCAAGUCCCUUACACACUGAGAACAUGCAAACGAGACCAAGUUUUGAUUAAGUUUAUUUAUCAAGAACAGAGAUUUAUUUAUUUAUUUAUUUGUUGAAUAGAAAACAACAAAUCACCACACAUAUCAAAGACAAAAACUAACACACUUAUACUGAACUUUUCUCAAGUUUAUUUCUGUAUUGAAAUGACUUCAGUUUGUAUCAAAUGGACUUUACAAGUGUAACGAAUCGACCUCGACCUGUAUCAAAACAACUUGAAUCAAAACAACUUUGUAUCGAAACAACUGUUAACCCUAUUUUUGGUGAUCAUUUCCUUUAUUCCAUUGACCGUAAUGUUUGAUUCAGGGGUGAUUUUAUAUGGAGAAAUUAGGUGCUAGUCACCAGCUUAGAGGAGAGAGGGUUAACCUGCACCUUUUCCUGCACCUAUAGAAGGGAAGGUUCACAAAGGCAGUCUGUCUGAGAUAUUAGUCCAAACAGUCCUUAUACAUCUGGACCCACUUGUUUUAAGGCUGAUUAGCGCUAACCCAGGGUUAAAUUUUAAUCUGGGUCUCUUUAUUCCUUCACUCAAAAGCCUUUUCAGGAUAAUUUUCAGUGUUCUUUUUAAAGCAUCAAAUAGUCAUAUUCUAAAAAAAAGAAUUUGACUGAAUUUUCUUUUAAAGCUUCUAGAUCUGAGAUCAGAUUUCACAGUAACCCUGGGUUAUCUUAACCAAGCUUUGAACAACCCGGCCCUGAAGUAAAGAUUCUGAUAGGCUCUCUGAGGUAAACAACAAUAUAUUUUACCCAUGAAAUAUUAUGAUUAUAUUUGUUUGUUUUCAGUACAUUCGCACUUGUGUGUCCAAAGGAAUCAGGCCAAUGCUUUCACUAGUGCUUCGUUCAUCACUUCAAGUAGAGGUGCUUGAUGUUAGUGAUUUAUGUCGCAGAAGUCUAGGUGGCAGAGCACCACCUCUGCCUACAAAGCCACAGACAACAAGCUUGUCACUGUGGAAUAUUGAAAAUCAAGUUAAAAUCAAGAUUGCUUCAGCCACAAAUGUGAAUGCAGGAGACCUAAUGAGAGUAGGUGAACUCUUUUAUAAGCUAGUAUAACCUUUCUGCCACUAAGAUCUCAUGAGUAAUUUGCUGUUCCAUCUGCAAUACAGUUCUUAAGAUGUUGGUAUGGAGAAUUUUGGUAUUGGAUCAACUAUUAGUGACAAUCCCCAAAUAAAUAUUUUUCUUUAUUCUCAUCAUUUGUCUGCUUGACACUGUUUUAAUAUUGUAAGGAAAAAUUCAGUCUUGGUCACUUGAGUGAGUUAAAGAGUUAUAUUCCUUCUAGUGUGGCCUAUCAGACAGGCAUUAUUGUGUUGCAUUUUUGGGGCCAUCAGAGGCUAGGCAAGAACAAGGAGAACACAAAGAGUGAGACAAAUGCAAGGAGGAGUGCAUCAUUUUCUUUUAAUGCACUUCAUCUUGAUUGGGUCUUGCUCUGUAGGCUCUUUCUUUUACUCACCUCAAAAAAAUUCAAGAAAAUGAUGCCUAUCCCAUGGGGCGUAUUGAGCAAGGUGACUGUUGCUUUCUUUGCAGGAAAUGUUUUUGCAAGAGUGGAAAAGAGUGUAAAAUUUUGCAACAGUUAUUUAAUGAAUCGGUAAUCAAUAAUUACUUCCAGGUUCAAACCAUGACACUAUUUUUUGAAACAAGGUAUAAAAUAUGGGUUUGAUUUGUUGUGUGCCAUGCCUAUUCAGGUUGGUGUCCGAGCAGGUAUCUAUCAUGGGGGAGAGGCAUUGUGCGACAUCAAAUCCACAAGGGCAGAGAGUGGAUCAAAUCCAACAUGGAAUCAGUUCUUGGACUUUGAUUUAAAAGUGGCAGAUAUUCCUCGAAUGGCUCGCUUGUGCCUUGUGAUUUAUGGCGUAACCAACAAUCCCCAAAAGAAGUCAAAAAAGAAGAAGGAGGUUCAGUAUUACAUAGGGAUAUCAACUCAAAAAGCAUUGUUCAAUUGCAUGUCACAAGAAAUCUCUAGCAUUUCUUAAGCAUUGCCAUAGUUUACUUUAUGAUUGGUCCAAAAAACUAGCAUAGCUUUCACAGCCAAUCAGAUUCAAAACUAAAACAAAUUACAACUUGGUCACUUGCACUUCAAGAAGUCUGCUUGUUUUUCGUUUGAGUUGCUGUUAGAUCCUUGUGAUACUUUCCUUUGUUCAGAUAGAUAUUUUGCUGUUUUGGUUUCAUAGUGCUUAAUUGAAAAUUGCUCUAAAAGUAGCUUUGAAUGUAUGGACUAAUGAAUAGAUGUCUCUCACAAACUAGCAAGAAUAUUUCUCACACAGUGGGGACAAAAGUUUUUUGCAAACUUGACAUUACUAGAAUAUUAUAUUGGAAAGAUUUUUAGGUUAAAAUUCAGUUUUGCUCUUGUUAAGAUUGCUAGAUUUUGCUUCCACGAGGAUCAGUUUUUUUGCUUUCAUUAGUUUUAGUUUGUUUCUGCUUUUGUCAGGAUUAGUUUGUAUUAGCUUUCAUUAGGGUCAAAUCAAAGUUCUUGUCUAGUUAAGCAGCAAGUUUAAUGUGAAAAAAAAGGGUCACUAAAUAAACAAAUGGCGGUAGGUAUGAAUAUUGCUACAACUUAUGUAAAGGCUGUUUCUUUAAUUUUUUUUAGGAAACAAUUCCUGUGGCAUGGGUCAACACAACUCUGUUUGAUUACCAAGGUAAACUUCGGCAAGGUCCACUGAAACUCUUUGCAUGGCCAGUACCUGAAACAAUGGCUGACCAACUGAAUCCUGUGGGCACAGUUGUUUCCAAUAUCGACACUGUAACCUCAGUGUCUCUUGAUAUUGCUUUCUCAACUUACUCAGACCCAGUACUUUACCCAUCGUUUGACCAGGUAAGAGGUGGAACUUGAUAUGAUGAAACUCUGCAAUAGAGUGUGUGUCAGUGAAGUGUAAAAAUAAAAAAUUCAGGUGAACCAAGUUGGCUUUACUUUGCUUCUGAUUGGUUGAAAGGGGUGACCACUUCAUUAAUAAAACAAAACCACUGCUAUUACAAUAAGCCUUUACAACUUUAUAUCAGUAUGGAUAUUCCCUAAUGUCAAGUACUCUUUUUCUGUCAUACAAGAGGAAUUGGUGAAAAAAGUCAAUACUUUGACUAGUUGGGACAACCAUUUCCCUUGUUCUCAUGAACUGAUAUUUGACUUUGGGAUAAAAUUGUCAGGAGAAUUAGAUGUAAGUCAUUCUUUGGGAUUAAGGGUUAAGUAUAUAUAUUUAACCCUUUAACUCCCAUGAGUGACCAAGACAGAAUUUCUCCUUACAAUAUCAAUAUAAUAUCCACCAGAUAAGAGAUCACAAUAAAGAAAAAUAUCAAUUUGGGGAUAAUCAGUUGAUCCAAUACUAAAUUCUCUGAACUAACAUUAUUAGAGCGUUGUAUGGUUGACAGAAAGAAGAAUUACAAAUUUGAUUUGGGAGUUAACUACUGAAAAAGAUGAAAAUAAAACAAGAAAUCAAAUUAGCAGACCUUUUACAGUUUUUUUUUUUUUUUACUUGCUACACAUCAAAAGGGUUGCAAGACUGACUUAAUAGCUUUGGUUUAGUGAGAGGAAGAGGUGUAAGAAUGGUACACUGGUAAGAUGAGGCUGUGAAAACAAAUACAAAAAAGUAAGAGUUAAAAUUACAUUGCAGAAUUACUGAUUGAUAGGAAAGAAACGCAAGCCAUCAAGUUGCCUACCAUGUACAGUGUGUUUGCCUCACCCAAUGACAAAUUUGAAGAGACUAAUAGUCAAUAAAGCUCUAAUCAGGUUUACAAUAUUUUAGUCAUGACUGGACUGUAAUAACAUUUUACAGUGUGCAUUCUUCUAUUCUUUGCACAGAUUGCUGAGUUGGCAGCACAAGUUACGGAUUCUGACAUUUUCGUAAGUAUCUUUCAUUUAUUGACUGGGUGGGUAGGGGGUGGAAGGUCCUUAACAGUCAGCAUGAAGUAUGUCAUACACUCAAGAGAAGCCGGCAAUUUCAUUUUAAUCCAAUGACUCCAGUUCUUUGACUAAUAUAAACAAUACAGUGUAAACUUGAUGUUAUACUGUUUUUCAGAAUUAAUCUAUAUUUUAUACAAACAUUACACUGUAUAUUGCAAUCAAUAUUUAUUUAAUAGAAAGAUAACUGAUCAAAUUCUAACAAAGGUAACAAUAAAUAAAUAAAUAUGUAUAUAAAAUUAAUAUCAAGCCUAAUAAAAGUAUUACAUACACAGGGACGAGCAGAUGAGUCAGUACUUGAUCAGCUAAAGCUGAUAGUCAAUCGUGAACCCUUGGCUCCUAUCUUUGAGCAAGAAAAGGAGCUUGUUUGGCAGCGCAGGUUUGUUAUUGGUCUUUCCUUCCUCACAUUGUGGCUGAAUAAAUGACAAAAAAUAUACCCUAAAUGUUAUUUUUUGUUUUUUUUGUGUUUCAUUAAAAAAUGUUUGUAAUUGUUUUUUCCAAAAGCACCUAGGUUUAUCGAGGUGGAUUGCAAUAUAUAUUUUACUUAUUUUUUUUUUCUUACUUUUAAUUUCUAUUUUUACCUCCUGAGUAAUCUCUACUUUCAUCUAGUUUUGAAGGUGUUUUGCGAGAAGUAAAUACAUUGGUCUCCCCAAAACUAUAGAUUGACUUGUAAUGUAGUGCUGUCAUUUUCUUCUCAUCACUGGUGUUGCACAUGCAGUAAAGGUUGCAAACAAAAUUUAAAAGUACUGUGUAACAGACAAAAAAUCUUGUGUUUUUCAUUUUUGCAGAAUUGAUUGCCGUGAACAUUUUUCACAUGCUUUGGCCAAACUGCUUUGCUGUGUGAAGUGGAACAGUAAUAAGGAUGUUGCUUUGGUAUGAAGUAAUUUUUAACAGUUUCAUCUCUGAAAUCCAAAGAACUUUUCUUAAAUCCUUAGAUCCCAGAAAAUCUUUAGAUCCCAGGCCUAAACUACUCAGUCUCUGUCAAAUGGCAUCUAGUUUCCCCUUAGUGAGAAUAAAGAAAAUGAUUACCAACUUGAGAAGUUCCCUGACAUUGCUAAAUAACUUCUCCUUGUCAUUAUCACAAGAGGAGUGUAAAGAACUGUACAGAGAACAUGCAUACCAAUGUUAGAGAUUAUAUGGCUAAACCUUGCUGUCUGCAUUGUGUAUUCUAGUUAUUAUGAUAGUUGUUCUGGAAUCCUUGCUGUUGUUCAGGAGUCUCACUAUUUAAAAUUGUAAAAACCUCGUUUAAGCAAAUGAUUUCUUUUUGCAAUAAUUGCUAUGGUGUUAUUUUUUCAGAUGCAAAUCCUGCUUCAAACAUGGCCAGAGCUUGAGCCAGAGGUGGCUUUAGAACUCUUGGAUUAUACAUAUGCUGACCAAGAAGUGAGAAAAAUUGCAGUGAAGUGUAUUGAAAAGAUGAGGUUUGUCUCAUGUUUUACAGUUUGACCAUUUUUUGCAGUCUACUAUUUUCAGCAACCAGUUUCCUCUGAUCAUUCACACUUUUAAAUUAUCAGUGAAUACGACCAUUGGUGAUCAGUGAACAGUACUGUAAUGAAUUUAAUUACCUGCCAAUACUUGAUCUUGUCUACACAUUUAGAUUGUAUUCCUUUGAUUUAUUUGUGCAGAGACUCAGAGAUCCAACAGUAUCUUCUUCAGCUUGUCCAGGUAAACAAUUCCUUAGCCCUUGCAAAAAGAAAAGUACAGAGGCUUCCAGAUCAGUAUUUUCAUUUUCUGUAAUUGCUUCCAAGAGAAAACAUAAAUGUGUUGCUCCAGAAGAUAUUUAUGACCUAUUGGCAAUGUUGGUUACCAACCUCAUUACCAAUUCUACUUCACACACCUUUCUUUAAAUACCACUAACCUUUUCAGAUAUCAAUACACCAGUAAAUAAUUUUGUUAUAUAGCUAGCAGCACCCAUGGGCAAUAGGAAGCAAAUCCUGUGUUCUGAUUGGCUGCCUGAGCAGGCAAAAUAGGCCCAUCUUGCCAGCUCAGGAUUGCCUGCUUUAAUGUAGCACAAAAAAAAGGGCAUGGAGCAAACUUACAAAGUUUAUAACUUUUGAACAGUGUUGGCAAUGAAGUCACAAAGUGGCAGAGGACUUAAACCAACCUUAUAGGUUUAUUGUGCCACAAACACAGCUGUCUUUCUUUCCUAGCUCUUGAAAUAAACAAGUUAUUCUUGAUUCUUAUUAAAGUGAUAUCUUUUUGCAACAUACUAAAUCCUUUAAAGAACAAGCUUGUUUGUUCAGGUUAGCUGGAUAUGAGCCUUGCUCUUUUCUUGGUCUUUGUCUCAGUCCAUAAAACACAUACACCAAAAAAACUUGGCUAAUGUCUAGCCAUCUUGAACUCAAGCUUGGUCAAUAACCCAUACUUAUGGAACUGCACAUUCUGAAAAAUCCAGAAACAUCUGACAAUAACAUUUUUAGAAGAAAGAGCAAGCUGUUUAAAAAAAAACAUAUCUGAAUAAUGAAUUGAUAAAUGUGUUAUCAAAGGAGUAAACUGUAACCUGAAAAGCUUUCAAAAUUAAUUUUUUGCAGGUUCUAAAGUAUGAAUCAUAUUUGGACUGUGACUUGGCAGAGUUUUUACUCCGCAGAGCUUUAAAGAAUCAGCACUUUGGCCAUGAGCUGUUUUGGCUUCUCAGGUGCAAUUUUUUGACAGUAUCAAUGAUAUAUUUAUGUCAAGGGAUUUAACCUCUCACUGUCCAAAGACUUGCAAUCUGCUGUUGAUAGGGUCAAGAUUGGUUUAGAAUGGAGAAAGUUAUCAUGUUAGCUGAUAACAAACUUGAGGAACUAAAAUAAAUUUAUUUGCAGAAAUAUGAAGCAUUAUGAAGCUACUCUAACUCAGUUAUCUUCAUGGAAAUCUAGAAAACUUUUUGAACAUCAUGUAAUCACAAAGGGGAUAAAGAAAAUGGUAUUUUGAGAAUUAAAGCAACUCGCCAAAAUUUGAAAUCUUCCUGGUCUUUCCAACCAAUGGCUCAAGGAAAUUACUCAGUAGUGGCCAUCCAAAGUAGCAAAGGCAAUAGAUAUUACAACCUUCACAAUUUCACAAUUUUGUGAAAUCUUUUUUUAGCUUGUACUCACUAUUUCUAUUUAAUUUCUUAGGGCUGAAAUGGAAAAUCCUGGAGUUUCAGUGAGGUUUGGUUUGAUGUUAGAAGCAUAUUGCCGUGGUGCCCCGACACACAUGAAAAGCCUUCAGCACCAGGUUUGUUUAAGUUUGAUGAGAAUAGAACUCAGAUUGGAACUCCUUUAGUGGGAAACAAUGUAGCCUGUUAGAAAUUAGGUGAAAAUGGCACAGUGAUUAAUGAUGAGAUCACUGUUGACCCUGUCAGUCUCUUAAGUGAUCAUUACAUGCAUGUGAAUUGUCCUCUUUGGAAAGUCAGUCUGUUGUUGUAUCGACAGCGGUGUAACUGAUGAAAACUACUUUGUUUCUUAGGCCCAAGCACUCAGCAAGAUGAAAGCUGUUACUGAGUUACUUCAGCUAAUUGACAGGGUAUUGUGUGAUGCCCUUUUUGUUUAUUUGUGAAUGGUUUAAUCUUAUUUCUUUUGAUUUAUUUUCGUGUGUCAAAUUUUUAUGAUGAUGGCAAUAUACUUCACAGAGUGCCCUUCACCUACACCCCCCCCAACACUCUUCCACCAGCUGCACAAAUCAUUUUAGUGCCAAAAUAGUUUAUUUCAAUUUAUUUUGUAUUUUUUGCACUAGGAAAAAAAGGAAAAAGGUUUGGCAACAAUGAAAGAGCUUCUUCGUCAGAAAACGUAUCAAGGAGCACUCUCCAAAAUCAGCUCUCCUCUUAAUCCAAGCUACAAGCUGCGGCAACUGAAGUAUGACAUCACACCCUUGCUGCUCUAAAUUUCCCAGUCAACCAUAAAAAUUACAAUUUUCUUGACUGUGAUUGGUUUAAAAAAACUGGUUUAUUUUCCACUAAUUCACUUUCCAAGUUAUUAUUGGACAGUUUGUUAUCAGACAGUUCAAUAAACCAAUCACAUAAAAAGUUGUAGUUUAAAUCAACCAAUCACAACCUUGGUUUCAAUUACCAUAGAAGAAGUGCACAGACCCCUUAAUGGCUAUUCUUCUAUUCUCGGAAAUGGUGAUUUUUAUGAUUAAUUGGUAAGACGACUUCGUGUCGUCCAAUUCGGUCUGUAAUCUUAUUCGUGUUAAGAAAUGGAACGUCAGCUUCUAUUUCAGGUUUCAAAACUUAUUAUCUCGGAAAGUGCGUGGCUACUCCUAGUUUUGUUUUUGGAUUUUGUUAGCCCUUGAUGAGAUUUAAUUUGUUUGUCUAGUCACUGAGCGGGCAAAAUUAGGUCACUUUUAGCAACCACUGUCCUUAAAACAGAUAUAACCUCAAUUUUCUUAAAUUUAUCUUAAUUUGUUCAGUGUCGACCAGUGCAAGUUUAUGGAUUCCAAGAUGCGGCCACUUUACUUGGUGUUCGAAAAUACGGACGAGCUGGGAGACCUGGUGCGCAUUAUCUUCAAGAAUGGAGAUGGUGAGUGUGAGAGUACAGAACCACGCACGAGUGUUGCAGUACCCACACGCUAGUCAAGCGCGUGUACAACGCGGGAAUUGCACGCGCUUAACUACGAGUAGUGCCUCGUAUUACAAUGUUUUGCACGGAAAUUCGUGUGUUUUGAUUUUAAUGCAAAAUCUCGCCAAGCUAGAAAUUAGGAACAUUUUAAUUUUUGUUGUUGUUGUUGUUGUUUACAAGGUACAGAACAUGUUAUUUUAUAAAGUAUUGCAUUCUCUCUGUAUUAACUUUACUUUUGGUGAUUUUUUUUUUAGAUCUCCGUCAGGACAUGUUGACUUUACAGUUGUUUAAAAUCAUGGAUAGGAUCUGGCAGAACGAAGGACUGGAUUUAGGGUUCGUUCUUUCAGAAUUACAAAAAUACACAGGGCGAAAGCUUGCAACAGAAUGCAGUGUUUUAAAGGCAAAGGAAGCAAAUGACAUAAACCAGUCCCAUUACCCACUGCGAACAUCCAACACGAACCCAGACCCUUAUCAGCAGUUAUGAAAUAGCUACAUCUGCCAAUUUAUACUUACCACAAAUUGCAUUAUUUUUUCUCACACAGAAUGAUCCCCUACGGAUGUUUGUCCACGGGAAGCUCUAUAGGAAUGAUCGAGGUCGUGCACCAAGCUGAGACCAUAGCCAAGCUUCAGAAAAAGAAAGGAAUGACUGCUGUUUUUGCCAAAGAGUGUAUCUGGAACUGGUUCAAGGACUAUCACUCUACUGAAGACGAGUAAGUGGUUAAAAAUAAAGUCUCUCAAAGAGAUGCCUGCUUAUGCGUUGUAUUCACAUCCUGUUCACGUCAUGGAGCAUUGCUUAAUUGAGUGACGAAAGUGCCCGGCGACGGCAUUAACUCGCUACACCUUAACAUCAGAAUUCAUAUUCUCCAUACUGUUCUCUGUAUAUUUCCCAAGGUGCUGACAAAGAGAAUUUGUGGAAUAAUCAAGAGCCUCUUUAGUUGCUGAUCAUUUCCUUUCUUCUUGUGACCUAAAUGUCCAGGGGUGAUAUUGUAAGGAGAAAUUAGAUGCUAAUCACUCAAGGGUCAAAGGAUUAAAAGCAAUUUUCAAAUAAGUAUCGAACGUACUUUAGGAUUGAAUAGGUUCUGCUUCAUUAUGUUCGAUGAACAUCCCCUCAACCCAUCUGAUCCAGACUCCUUACUCCUCCUCCCCUCCCCUCCCCUCUCCCACUGUUCUUGUUUAAAAAAUUGUCUUCUCCAUGUUUUUUUUAAAAAAAGGAAAUAAAGUAUUUAAUGUGCUAUGUAAAAUUCAAGAUUUGUGUCUUGAUAUCUCCCAUGUAGACUGUUCGAAGCUGUGCGCCGUUUCACGCUCUCCUGUGCGGGGUACUGUGUGGCCACAUAUGUUCUGGGGGUGGGUGACAGGCACAGCGAUAACAUCAUGGUGAAGAAUACAGGACAGGUACGUUUACUGAUGAUGACUGACGGAAAUGUGUGGUCGUAGGGUUUUUAUGCAUUGUCUCCAACAGCUACUUUCGUUAUUGGUUGGAGAAAGUUUACAGUUUUGUUCUAAGAUUUUCACCGAUUGAGCACCAAUUUCAAACUGUGAGUUUUGAAACUGCGUUUUUGUUUUGAUUGCAGUUAUUCCACAUUGACUUCGGCCAUAUCUUGGGUAACUUCAAGAGCAAGUUUGGCGUGCGGCGAGAAAGAGUGCCUUUCGUACUUACUGAUCAUUUUGUACAUGUGAUUUCUUUGGGUAAAGGAAGAGAUACGAACGAGUUUAAAAGGUAAAAGCUUGCUUUAACCCUUCACACCCUAACAAGUAUGCAUAUUCUUCAUACUGUUCUUUAUGUAUUUCUUAAGGUGCGGAGAAUUUGUUUAACAAUGUAGAACUUCUUGAGUUGGCGAUCACUUCCCUUAUUCUCGUGACCUUUAUGUGUGAUUCAGGUGUGAUGAUGCAAGGAUGUUGUUCAGGUUAACUCCAUUGCAAGUAAAUUUUAACGGAACUGACAAUCUCGUUUUUGAGGAGUCCUCUUUCUUGUCCCCUCCCCACCCUCCCCAGUUCUUCUCCUUUUCGCCCUCUCUUGCUCUUUUUCUUCCCCCCCCCCAGCCUUUGCAGCUGGAAAGAGAAUGAAAGUACGAAGUUGAAGACGUGAUCACCACAUAAGCUUUCUUCCAUCCUCUCUAGUUUCCAUCAUAAGUUUUCACCGUUUAAAUUGUAUUUCUUUGUUCUUAAGAUUUCAACAGCUUUGUGAAGAAGCCUUUCUCAUACUGCGUCGCAAGGGCCCACUUCUGAUCAACUUGUUCGUUAUGAUGUUGUCCGCUGGCCUCCCUGAACUACGGUCACUUGAUGACAUUGGUUACUUGCGGAAAACACUCCUCUUGCCCGUAUCGGAAGAAGAUGCCCUUAGAGACUUCAGGAGUAAAUUCGACCACGCUAUCAACAACAGCUUUUCGACAACAAUGAACUGGUUUGCGCACAAUGUAAAAAGGGACAAUCCCUGAAAAAUAAAUUACGUCGUCUUCUGCUACUGAGUACUCUAGCGUCAAUUCCUUCCACAGACCCCUCGAUGUUUGGGUCACCACAAGAACGUUCACGGGGAGGAGGGGAAAUAAUUUUUUGGUCAUGAAAUGACGUCAUUACAGGAGCUUGUCAAUCAACAGGAGACAACAAAUUGUAAAUUUCGGUGGCCUCUCCAUGAGAAGGAUAUGUAGACACAUACAUUUUUUACUUUGAAUGUAUUAAAAUCAUAUUUGUGAACUAUGGAUGUAGAAAUUGAUAUGAAAGCAGUCUUCGCUGUAAUGAAAAUAAGGCCUGAAAAAAAAAAAAAAAAGUCUUAAGCCCUGUACGGGGUUUGAACUCAGUACUUUUGCGAUACCGGUGCAGUGCUCUUCUCACUGAGCUAACAAGCCAACUGGGAGCUGGUUGUUAUACUGGUUUUUAAUACACCCAUGAAUUGAUGAAUAAAAUUUCUGUGAAUAUGUGAACAUCAUACAUGUGAAUUGCGGAUUAGGAAAUUAAUAUGAAAGCGAUCUUCGUAAUAAAGAACACUGCUUAAGCAGGAGUGGAAAUAAGGCGAUCAUAUCUUCAUGAAAUCACAGUCAUUUUUUCAUCACUUCACGUAUUUAUUACGAACCAACGUAAAAAUCAACUCUCAUUUAGCUUGUUAGCUCAGUUGGUGUAGCACUGUACUAGUAUCGCAAAAGUCAUGGGUUCAAAACCUGAUUUUUUUUUUUCAAGCUGUAUUUUCGCUACUGCUUAAGUAGUGUUCAUUGCUGCGAAGAUCAUUUUCACAUUAACAUACAGUCUUUUUUUUAACUUGUAAAGGUUCUUAUGACAUUUUGUUUUGUGUUAAUACUCUGCUUUGGUUAAAGUAAAAAAGAAAUGGUUUUAAUUUAAAGAAGAGUGGACUACCACAAAGAAUGAAAUGACAGCACAGGAAGAAGUGUAAGAUGUUAAAGGGAGUCAUUACGCAGAGAAAUGUAAAUUUACGCUGACCCUUUAAGUUGCUUUGGGGAGCUUUUUUGUGUUAUCAAUUUUAAAAAUUUGAAAUAUAUAUGAAGUCGUAUAUAGGGCAUAGGUUGUUAUUAGAGAUGAAUUUCUUUAUGCUGUUUUAAGCAGGUGUUCAGUUUAUUUUGUAAUGAGGUAGUUAGAAUUUCUUGGCCAGAGGCGACCAUGUGUUACUUUGUAUUCAGGGGCUCGCUUUUACUCAUAGCUAUCAACUCGCCAGUGUGGUGGGAACUUAAUCAAAUCAAGUGCAAGUGAUUUAGAUCGGCUGAGUGCCUUGUAUGCAGAUCUCAGGUAGCAUUUGAUUUCAACUGUUUUCUAGGAAACUUGUCUAAACGAGGCAAAUGUAAGUAGUAUAUGUAAUAAGUUGGUAAUUGAGUGGUUUAAUGCUGUCCAACGUUUUUUUGCAUCGAAAAAUUCAAUUGAAUCCUUACCAUUGGUUGUUGGUUCCUUAAGAUUCUUAAAAUACAAAGGGAACAGUUUUGGGCA